GGUUUCAUUUGGACACAGAUGAGGCUGACAACCUCCUUCCUGGGUUUCUUAAUUCAAUAGUAGGAAUUAAGCAAGGAGAAACAAAAUCAUUUCAUCUUCAGUUUCCAGAAUCAUGGGAACAAGUAAAUCUCCGAGGCGUUCAGGCUCAAUUUACUGUCGAGUGCAAAGAACUCUUUUAUAGAGAUCUGCCUAUAUUGGAUGACUCUCUUGCAGAACAUCUCCUUCCUGGGUGCAGUAGUUUGGAUCAGGUGAGAGAAUCAAUACUACAAAGAUGCGAAGAACUAGAACAAAUUGCAAUCGAACAAGCAACUGAUAAUGCAAUUCUAGAACAACUGUCUAAGAUUGUUGAAGUAGAUAUACCUCGGUCAUUAUUUGAAGAGCAAGGCAGAGAAAUUUAUGGAGCCAGACUACUGCAAUUUCAGGCUGGAGGAAAGGUUACCGAACAACAGCUGGCUUCUCUUUCAAGUGAAAAGGUAGUCAACGAGUACCUUGAGAACCAGAAGGAGAAUAUAACAUGUAUACUAAAACAGAUGCUGGCGGUUGGUGAAAUUUUUCAAUAUGAAAAUCUGCAGUACUCAACAGACGAACUAGUCAAAGAGGUCCAGAAUUCCGUGGAAGAGUUCAAGCGCCAUAAUCAAGAGUACGAUGAAGAACGCGUCAGACAGCAGGUGCAGGAUGUCCUUGAGGGAGCGAAAGUUCUUGAAUGGUUGAGAGAGAACUCUGAUAUCCAGUAUGCUUUCAGAUGAGAGCAAAUCAGAGCGUCUCUGUGAAGGUCACCGUAUGUAGAUUUUAAUUCUCCCUUCACUGGACUUUUGGUGGUGAUUUUGGUUCUUUUCCCAUUUAGAUUGCCAUGAAUGGUGAUCUUCUGUUUAUUAUGUGUUCUGGCAGUAAUUUAUUAUAUUAUACAAUUUAUCCCCUUA